CAUCACUACUUUAUAGAGGAGCAGCAGCAAUAGCGGGGAAGCUUCAGACGGUCGGUCCGCCAAUCAGGUCCAAUCGAGCGGCCAGACAGCAACUACCGCCCCCUCUUCGGAGCGUGAUUUUUUUUCCCUCUUUCAUUAUUUUUCUUCACCCCCCCCCCCCCCCCCCAAGCAACGUAGAAUAAUUUGUGGGCAUCAUGAACGCACCCGGAAAGUCACCCGCCUUGACCGGACUUCCUGGGAAUCAGCAGGCACGUCAGAUUUUGCCCGAAAAUAUGAGUGCAACGUUGAUGCGGCACGGCAGCGACUAAAGACCGCCUCUGUCGGCGGUACACAAGGCAGACUCGCUAUUCUAGCAUUAGCAGCCUUGUAACAUAGCUAACGAAACCAGCCCAUUGGUCUGUGACCGUUCGGCGUAGGACAUCGUCGUCUUCAAUUCUGCGUACAAUGAUGUCAGCACGCUGAACGUGCGUACGGAAUUACUAUUUUCGUAGGUUACGUCUCCCGUUGAAUGAUACCCGAAUGGAUGAUGACUCUUUACCUGCUCAUCAGUCAGUCCUUCACUGAGGCACCUCUUCCUCUUUUGGUGUUUGGACUUGGCAGCACAGGCAUGAGAUAAUAAAGUCAAGUAGCUGCAACAAACGACACCUGCGGCGCUCGUGACCCUGCCGCUGCUCUCCCUCCCGCCUCAUUCGCUCCUGUCCUGCUGCUCAAUAACCCUUCAGCAGUCCUCGACAUGACCACGCCAGCGCUUUUACCGCUCUCUGGGCGCCGUAUACCCACGCUGUCGCCGGGCGCCUCCUCCUUUCCGCACCACCGCGCUACCUUAAGGCUGUCUGAGAAAUUCAUCCUGCUGCUCAUCCUCAGUGCCUUCAUCACCCUGUGCUUCGGCGCUUUUUUCUUCUUGCCUGACAACUCCAAGCACAAGCGCUUUGACCUGGGCUUGGAGGCCGUACUCAUCCCACACAUUGACUCGCCGAAGGAGGGGAAACAUGGACAGGUGAUCAUACACGGUCAGGGAGGACUUGAUGAGCACAGACACAGGGAGGACGAGGCGAGCCUCCGGGAUAAAAUUCGCGCCGACCACGAGCGGGCCCUGCAAGAGGCCAAAGAAAAGUUGCGGAAAUCGCGUGAGGAGAUACAGGCCGAGAUCCAGACGGAGAAGAGCAAGGUGGUGGAGGACCUGAAGAAAAAGGACAUGGGGCCGAAGCCCUUGCAUCCCAUGCCCAUGCCCAAGGUGGUGGCCAUUGGUGAUGGAGAGCCACUUGAGCCCGAGGUCAAAGAAAAACGGAAUAAGAUUCGAGAGAUGAUGAAGCAUGCGUGGGACAGCUACCGUCAGUAUGGCUGGGGUCACAACGAGCUCAAGCCCCUUGCCAAGAAAGGACAUUCUACAAAUAUCUUUGGUAAUUCUCAGCUUGGAGCAUCCAUCGUGGACGCAUUGGACACGCUGUUCAUCAUGGGCCUGCACGAAGAAUUCAAGGACGGGCAGGAGUGGAUCGAGCAAAAUCUGGACUUCAGUGUGAAUGUCGAGGUGUCUGUGUUUGAGGUCAACAUCCGUUUCAUCGGAGGCCUGCUGGCAGCCUACUAUCUCUCUGGACAGGAGAUGUUCAAGUUAAAGGCGACGCAGCUUGCAGAGAAGCUGCUCCCUGCCUUCAACACCCCCACGGGAAUCCCCUGGGCCAUGGUCAAUCUGAAGAGUGGUGUUGGUCGUAAUUGGGGUUGGGCGUCGGCUGGCAGCAGCAUCUUGGCGGAGUUUGGAACUCUGCAUAUGGAGUUUGUUCACCUCACGUACCUGACAGGAAAUCCUGUCUACUACCAGAAGGUAAUGCACAUCCGAAAGCUACUAGCCAAAAUGGACCGUCCCAACGGGCUCUACCCAAACUACCUAAACCCUCGUACAGGUCGCUGGGGCCAACAUCACACUUCAGUUGGCGGGCUAGGGGACAGCUUUUACGAAUACCUACUGAAAGCAUGGCUCAUGUCAGACAAAACGGACACAGAAGCACGCAAGACGUACGACGAUGCCAUUGAGGCAAUCGAGCGCCACCUGAUCCGCAAGUCCAACAGUGGUCUGACAUUCAUUGGCGAGUGGAAGAAUGGCCACCUGGAGAGGAAGAUGGGCCACCUGGCGUGCUUUGCCGGCGGCAUGUUCGCACUGGGCGCAGAUGGCUCGCCCGAAGACAAGGCAGGCCACUGGCUGCAGCUGGGCGCAGAGAUUGCACACACCUGCCACGAGUCUUAUGACAGGACAGUGGUCAAGCUGGGCCCGGAGGCCUUCAAGUUCGAUAGUGGCCUGGAGGCAGUGGCUGUGAGGCAGAACGAGAAGUACUACAUCCUGCGGCCCGAGGUCAUCGAAACCUACUGGUACAUGUGGAGGUUCACCCAUGACCCCAAAUACCGCCAGUGGGGCUGGGAAGCAGCACAGGCCAUCGACAAGUACUGCAGGGUGAGUGGAGGCUUCUCAGGUGUGAAGGACGUCUACUCUUCGAACCCGACGUACGAUGACGUACAGCAGAGCUUCUUUUUGGCGGAGACGCUCAAGUAUCUGUACCUGCUCUUUUCUAGCGACGAUCUAAUGCCGUUGGAAAGUUGGGUCUUCAACACAGAGGCUCAUCCGCUUCCUGUGCUCCAUCUGGGCAACAUCACCCUGCCGGGCAGUGAGCCGUCACAGCAGUGAACAGGUCUCCCCCUGCCCGCCCGACAAUACACACUGGACUGACUUUUAUCAGGUUCUUCAGAUGUGGACCAUAUCGGAGCUUGAGAACUCCCUGAUAACUCUGGUGCUCCAGAAUGGACACGUUUCAUUUUUGUUCCAAUGUUUGGGGUUUGUUUGACCAAACUCUUUAUCUUCCUCUCUUUAAUAGGGACGCACCAGUUGAAUGGAAACUGUUGCUUUCACGGCACAAUCUUGGCGGCCGUCUUCUUUUUUGAGCAGGUGUGGAUCUUUCAGAGCAGACAACAGAGCUACAGUCUGACUGGCUGUAUCAUCAAUUCAGCCAAAAACACUUCCUCCACCGCACCCGUCAUUGAAAAAAAAAAAAAAAAAGAAACCGCUGCUAUGCUAUAAUUGGAUGCUGCUUUUUUGGCUCUUCUCGCUUUUUUUUUUUAAAUAUACCCCUUUUCUGUCUGUUCUGCUUCAUCUUGUUGUUUCAACUUCCACUAAACUGAUGUUGUGGACGAGGACGGGCGGAAUCAGUCGCACCAUCAUCUGACUCUUUGGCCGCCACUUUCCUUCAUCGUUCAAAAUAUUUUGUCAUCUCCCGCCUUUGUAUCCAUCAACUUUAUGCUAUCAUCAGCAUUCUGAAAUGAGAUAAAUCGAAUUUGAGGUCCUGUGGUUUGUGGUUUUCCAUCUUUAAGAUGACUUGUUCAUGAGUUUAUUUCCAUCGUUAGUGACUUCCUCUCACAUCAUUCAUUUCUUUUGGGUCAAGGAAGUUACUUGCUGCGAGUCUUUUUUUUUCACCCGCAACCCCACCCCCAACCUUGUUACAAUAAGACAGAAAAUCUUCUGUGAAAGCUGACAACUUGAGCCAGAUAUUGCUCUCGGCUAAUAUGCAGGUAUUCAUGGUUGAAACUAGAGAUGCAAAUUGCCAUCCCUGGCUGAAACUACAGCAAGCGACAUGGAUCAUUUUAAAUGCAAAAUCAUCAACUAACAGCACUCCAUCCAUCCAUCCAUCCAUCAUCUACCGCUUAUCCGGGGCCGGGUCGCGGGGGCAACAGCUUUAGCAGGGAAGCCCAGACUUCCCUCUCCCUAGCUACUUCUUCCAGCUCUCCCCGGGGGAUCCCGAGGCGUUCCCAGGCCAGCUGGGUGACAUAGUCUCUCCAGCGUGUCCUGGGUCUUCCUCUGGGUCUCCUCCCGGUGGGACAUGACCGGAACACCUCACCGGGGAGGCGCUCAGGAGGCAUCCGAAUCAGAUGCCCAAGCCACCUCAUCUGGCUCCUCUCGAUGUGGAGGAGAAGCGGCUCGACUCUGAGCCCCUCCCGGAUGACCGAGCUUCUAACCUUAUCUGAAAGGGAGAGCCCGGACACCCUGCGAAGAAAACUCAUUUCAGCCGCUUGUAUCCGGGAUCUCGUUCUUUCGGUCACGACCCAUAGCUCGUGACCAUAGGUGAGGGUUGGGACGUAGAUCGACCGGUAAAUUGAGAGCUUCGCCUUUUGGCUCAGCUCCUUCUUCACCACGACAGACCGAUACAACGUCCGCAUCACAGCAGACGCUGCACCGAUCCGCCUGUCGAUCUCCCGCUCCCUCCUACCCCCACUCGUGAACAAGACCCCAAGAUACUUGAACUCCUCCACUUGGGGUAAGAUCUCCUCCCCGACCCGGAGGGGGCACUCCACCCUUUUCCGACUGAGGACCAUGGUUUCAGAUUUGGAGGUGCUGAUUUUCAUCCCAACCGCUUCACACUCGGCUGCGAAACGCUCCAGUGAUAGUUGGAGAGCCCUGUUUGAAGGAGCCAACAGCACCACAUCAUCUGCAAAAAGCAGGGAUGAAAUACUGAGGCCCCCAAAACGGACCCCCUCAACGCUUCGGCUGCGCCUAGAAAUUCUGUCCAUAAAGGUUAUGAACAGAAUCGGCGACAAAGGGCAGCCUUGGCGGAGUCCUACCUCCACUGGAAACGAUUCCGACUUACUGCCGGCAAUGCGAACCAAACUCUGACAUCGGUGGUAUAGUGACCGAACAGCCCGUAUCAGGGGGUUCGGUACCCCAUACCCACGAAGCACCCCCCACAGAACUCCCCGAGGGACACGGUCAAACGCCUUCUCCAAGUCCACAAAACACAUGUAGACUGGUUGGGCGAAUUCCCACAUACCCUCAAGGACCCUGCUAAGGGUGUAGAGCACUCGUAAUAUCAUAUUUUUUCAGUUUCAUUCAAUUGUGACGAAAUUAUAAUGCCCCUUUCUUUCGUGACUUGGAAGUUGCUUUGGCAAAACCUUUCUUGAAGGUGAAUUCAAAGAUUGAUGAGGGGGGAAAAUAGGACUGUGGAUUUGACUGUAUUAUGUUGAGUCAAAAUCAUACUUUUGCAAACAUUUGCUUGUACUUUGGAAGAGAGCGAUGAACUAUUUUCUUACAUGUUAUAGACCAAAGCAUUAACUCAAUCUUAAUGUGUGCAUUUUCUGGAAUCAAUUUGAAAUAAUGUCCUGUUUUUUAAUACAGGGAUGGAAAGUAAAGCUUUUUCUUUAAAAAUCGGAUCCAUUUAUGAAUCAAAAAAAUAAUAUGGAAAAUAUCAGAUUAUUAAAAUACUCAUUAGUUGCGGACCUGACUGAGUUUCAAUCACAUUCAGUGAUUGUUGUAUGUAGGUAAGUCUUGAAUUUAGCUGAAUAACCAUUAUUUUUUUCGGUCCUGUUUUAAUGAUGUUGAUUUCUUAAUUAAGCCUUAUCAUCUGAUGUGACACAGUUGUGCCAUUACCAUGCUCUUUUACUGUCAGACAUGAAUUAUUUUUUAUUUAGGGGGUGGGGGGCUUCAAGUUCAGAACUGUGAAGUGAAACAGAUUGACGCAGGACUGAAAUGACGACGCUAUAGUUAAAAUGUUAAUGGGAUUUUCUGAAUGUGACUUUUUAAUGCAAACUGAAUCGAGCCGUGACUGUUAAAAAAAACGGCUACACAUUGUCGCUUUUCAAUGAAAAGCAUGUAUCCCCAGAUGUUCUGAGGGUUUUUUUUUUUUUUUUUUUUUUUUUAAUCCCUAAAAUGACAAAUGACCUUUCCUGGCGUUUCAGAUGAAAAGAAAAUCCAAAAUUCUGAGAAAUAUAUUUUCAGUUAGACAGUGACACCAUGCAUUAUUGGGAUCCCUGUGUGCAAAUGUAAAUUUUAGGGAUUUUCUUGUUAAAUUAUUUAAUAUUAAAAAAAUCCACUAUUUCUUAAUUUGGAGGAAGUGCAUCCAUUUUGAAGUAUGCAUUCAUUUUCAUGACGUCACAUACCUUCCUCGUUCAUCGCUUUCAGAAUCCUGUCAACCAUGUGGCCGCAGCGAGCCAACCAAUGAGUGGGCUGUGUUUUCUCUUUGUAUUUUUACGUCACUACAAAGAAAAGGUGUGUGUAAAUAUGUUGAAAAGUCAACACAAAAUUCAAUAAAGUUGUUGCUAUAAGUGA